AUGGACCCAAUCACGAUCGAUGGAGUUCUUUAUCGUCUGGCUACCCGGUCGGAUCGAGGAAUUCUUCAGGAAGCGUUGCGGAAAUAUUUUUACCCAGAGGAACCGUCCACAUUUGCCUACUACGGUGGAAGCGAAGUGACACCGGAUGACAUGGAAAGUUCCCUGAGGAUCAUCGAUGAUGGCUUCAUGAUUUUGGCGAUCGAAGAGGAGAGUUGUAAGGUGAUUGGAUUCGCCGGUGCUUACAUUAUUGGACCAGAUCAAGCAGACAGGCUGAAGAAGUUGGCUGACAAGGCGGAGACCGAGAAAUUUGCCGACAUCCUUCGACUGUUGGCUCAUUUGUCCGAGAAGACCCAAGUUUGCCAGCGAUUCGGAGUAGAUCGUGCAUAUUAUCUCACCCUGGGUGGAGUGGAUCCAAACUUUCGCGGUAAAUCACUGGGAAUCGUAAUGACCAGGCAACACCUGAAGAUGGCUCUCAAUCGGGGGAUCCGAGUUUUUAGUGCAGAUUGUACCGGGCCAUACUCAGCGAGAGCCUGCCAGCGUCUAGGGAUGGAGUGUGUUUACUCAUUGCCCUACGGUGAUUUCAAAAAUGCGGCUGGUCAGCAGCUUUUCUUGUCGAAGAGAGAGUACAGUGAGUUUAAAUCAUUUGUCAUGAAGCUCUAA